UCUUGUGAUGUGCAAUAUGCAAAUAUCUUCCACACAAAAGAAAUAUCUGCCCCCAAACUUAAAAGGAAGAAGGCCUUACCCUUUUUCACCACAUUUUCCUGUGGAAAAAAUGCAUUCUUCUACUCUGCCCAUACAAACCAUUCCCACAAAAAGCAUAAACAAAUUUCUAAAUCAAAGAGCUCAUUUUCCAAGUUCAUGGAAAUCCCAUAACAAAAAUACUUCUGUCAUAUGCAGAGCUAAUAGUAGUUCAAUCACUGAUUUUGACCUGUAUGAUCUUUUUGGAGUUGAAAGUUCAUCUAACCAGGCACAGAUUAAGCUAGCCUAUAGGACGCUUCAGAAGCGAUGCCACCCGGAUAUCGCCGGACCAUCUGGACAUGAAAUGGCUAUUAUACUCAAUCAAGCUUAUGCUCUUCUUUCUGAUCCUGUUGCACGUAUGGCUUAUGAUAAGGAAGUGACAAAAAUAGCAGAUUUAAAGGGGUACACAGGAAAACCUUUGUAUUCGGCAUGGUGUGGUGAAGAUAAUGAAGAAAGAGCUGUGUUUGUUGAUGAAGUAAAGUGUGUAGGCUGCUUAAAAUGUGCUUUGUUGGCUGAAAAUACAUUUGCUGUUGAAUGUUUGUAUGGAAGAGCCAGAGUUGUUGCUCAAUGGGCUGAUACAGAAUCCAAAAUUCAAGAAGCUAUAGAUGCAUGUCCAGUUGAUUGCAUCUCAGUUGUUGAGAGGUCAAAUUUGGCUGCACUUGAAUUCCUAAUGUCCAAGAAGCCCCGAGGCAAUGUUAGAAUUGGCGCUGGCAAUACAGUUGGUGCUCGCACCUCCAAUAUAUUUGAUGAUCUAGACAAAUUUCAGAGCAGAUAUCAAGGUGCCUUCAACAAAACCAAUCCUAAGGCUUCAGAAGAGGCACGAAUAUCAGCAUUUCAAGCAAUCCGAGCAAUGUCAAAUUUAUUCUACUGGCAAUCACCAAUUGGAGGAGCUGCAGAAGCCAUCCAUGCUUUGGUACCAGUUAGGAGAAGGCUAAUUGAACCCGAUGUUAAGAAGCUCAGACAUGUUGUAGAAGCUAUGAAACAAGUCAAAAAAUCAACAGUUAAUCAAAGUAGCAACGAUGAGUAUUGGUCUCCAUCAACUCCUGAACUUGCGGUACCAACAGACACUAGUUUGGUAGUAGAUGAAGUUGAUUCCUUCCCCAAAUUACCGGUGGAAUUCUAUGAUGAAGCUUUCUCACCUAAGGAGAAACAUCAAGGUAGUCCCUGGCUCGGGGUAGUGCCAUUCACAACAGCAACAGCAGCAGCAAUUAUAGUUUGGAUAAAACUUGGAGAAGAAACGACUGUUAGACUCAACGAUCAUAUUGGUGGUUCUCUAGCAUUAGACAUUGUCAACAGCCCAUGGCUCAAGGUCAUUCUGGCAGGUGUUACAUGGUAUAUGAUUGGUAUGGCACUAGUGGAACUCACGGGGACGAUUCAUAGUUUGUUUAACCAGGACAGAAAAUUGUGAGAAAUUUCAUUCCGGAAGAUGAACGUAUAAAUAAAUCUUGUAACAUAAAAUGUAAAGUUUAAAUUAUUAUAUGGUCCAAUCAAUUUUUAAAAGUUA